AUACCCCAACAUUACUUUCUGUCCCUUUUUUAAAGCAUAGUUGGCGACUACAUCCUUUUUUUGUCCACUGAGGCUGAAAAGCCAUGGAACUUUGUCUGACCUCCUCCACAUUAUUCCGAUCACCGGAACUCCCUCUUCUACGCCGGAAAUCUGAGACACCGACCAUUGUUCUCCGGCCAACUCGGCUGACGAUCUCGGCGAAGAAAAGGACAGUGAUCGAAGGAGUGAGCGACGAGAUGAAUGCGAUCGCGUCUCAGAACUUGGACUUCGCUCCCGCUCGAAGGCGCGUUCGAUCGGCCUUCAAGGAUGCUCAACAACAGCUCGAUCAUUGCUUGUUUAAGAUGGCUCCUUCUGGGAUCAGAGAAGAUGAGUGGUAUGAGAGGAAUUCAAAAGGUUUGGAAAUUUUCUGCAAAAGCUGGUUGCCAAAACCAGGUGUUCGAAUUAAAGGGGCUUUGUGUUUUUGUCAUGGAUAUGGUGAUACAUGCACCUUCUUCUUUGAAGGUAUUGCUAAGCAUAUUGCUGCUUCUGGUUAUGGUGUUUAUGCUAUUGAUCAUCCGGGUUUCGGCUUAUCUGAAGGGUUGCAUGGUUACAUCCCAAGCUUUGAUGAUAUAGUUGACAAUGUUAUUGAACAGUAUACACUAAUCAAAGGAAGACCAGAAGUGAGAGGGUUACCCCGCUUUAUAUUGGGCCAAUCCAUGGGAGGAGCUGUGGCUCUCAAAGUUCAUCUGAAGGAACCACGGGAAUGGGAUGGAGUUGUCCUUGUAGCCCCAAUGUGUAAGAUUUCAGAGGAUGUGACACCGCCAGAAGCUGUUGUAAAGAUCAUCAGACUUUUCUCUAAAGUUAUGCCGAAAGCCAAGCUUGUACCCCAGAAAGAUCUAGCUGAGCUGGCAUUCAGAGAGUUGAAUAAAAGGAAAAUGGCUCCAUACAAUGUGAUCUGUUACAAUCAUCCAAUGCGCUUAAAGACUGCUGUGGAGCUUUUGAAUACUACGAAGCAUAUUGAAUCACAUGUAGAGAAGGUUUCAUCUCCAUUGCUGAUUCUUCAUGGGGCUUCUGAUAAACUAACAGAUCCGUUAGUGAGCCAGUUUCUUUAUGAGAAGGCUUCAAGCAAGGACAAAACCCUAAAGAUCUAUGAACAAGGUUUUCACUGCAUUCUUGAAGGGGAACCCGAUGACAGAAUAUUUACUGUACUUAAUGAUAUUAUCGCAUGGCUUGAUUCCCGGUGCUCCAUUAAAUAAAAGAGGUCAAUUCAUUUUUCGCCACACACAAUUUCCUUUGUUGAUGUAAUUCCUUUCCUUUCCACCGUGUUUUUUUGCCCUUCCUUCUCCUCUCAUUCUUCCUUCCGGUAGUGUCUUUGCUGCUUUUCUAUUGUUUAGAAUGUUAGGCUCAAUAAAUUCACUCCAAACUGAGUACAAGACUUGAACAGGGAUUUUUAUGUCUUUGACAUUAAUUUUAAGCAGUAUAUAUAUCUGAUUAGUUUUUGUGUGUUU